AUGCACGCACAAUUACCAGAGAGUGAUAUCAAGUCCCAUGUUCAGGACUUGGAAGAAAAGGAUCGGGUCUCGACACUGCUGUUCGACAUUCUCUCAUCCGGCUCCCAGAUCGCCCGAUCGCAAACUCCGGAUAUCCUACGAAGCCUGCAGGCCGGCGAAGACGUAGCCUCUAUCGCCCGCCUCCUGGAAAGAACUUCCCUUGACGCUGGGGGACAAAGACCAGCUGGCUGCGACCAAUGCAAAUCACGACGCCGGCUUUGUGAUGCUGCAAAACCUGUCUGCGUCAUGUGUUCAGUGGAGAACCUUCAAUGUUCUUAUGGCGAUCUCUCUUCACCUGGAAGUGAUCAGCUAGGACCAUUGGUGCCUGGAGCCAAUCAAUUAGUUGGGGAUGUCGAAAAAAUACGGCAUUCACACAACCUUAGUAAAUCCCCGGAAGCGCAAACUGAAGAUGCAGUGGUGAUGCAAGAACCGAUUUGCUCUUCCCCACAGGCUCUCACGCAGCAGAUAGAAGAGCUUUUAAGGGAAGCCACCCCCGCAUUUUCUGGCCCUUCGCAAGCUGUCGGAGAUUCGGCUCGAGCAAAUCUUGCCCCAGCGCCUGACCAGCUCGGCACCCAUAAUAAGUUACUGAAUCCGUUCGACUAUUAUGCCAACUCUACCACUAAGACAUAUAUGCGUCUCUUCUUACAGAGAGUUAACAGUAUCUUCUAUUUAUUCGACGAGGAAACACUGGAGCCACAAUUCGCCACAGCCAUUAACAAAUCGAGUAACAUAUCAAACGAAGAGAUGAGCGAGAUCUGCCUAGUCUUAGCAUUGGGAGCUCAAAUCAGCAAUGACAGUAGCGACAAUACGACUAUCAUGUGGUAUGAAAAUGGCAGACGGUACCUCGACGACGAGGAUUGGAGCAACAGUUUACGAAUAAUGCGAUUAACGGCUUUGAUCAGUCUAUAUCAUAUCGGGGAGAGACCCAACACGGCUCGGCACUACCUAGAUUCGGCGUUAGACAUCGGCCAGACUUAUUUCUCGGGCAUGAGAGUCUCUUCACCUCGAUCUCCAGAAAUGAAUGAUUAUGAAGAAUGGCUGCAAAUAUGGACUACCAUACAGUUCCUUCAUAGGUACGUCAUCGUCAACCCAUAUCGUAUUAAAGGAGGUUCGUAA